AUGUGUUUGUUUUUAGAUUUGGAAGAUAACUGUAUUCGUUUGACCUACGGCGAAUUGUUUCAAAUAUUUCAAAGCUUCCCCGAAAACAAUUUGAACACAAAACUGAAAAGGCUCCAGUUAAGCAUCUUAGAGCAAACAGGUCGUGAUAUCUUUCCUGAUGAUGAAAAGAAAAACUCGUCUCGUGAAAGAUCAAAAAGGCUAAAAACUUCGGAUUUGCAGUGUGGUAGAAGCGUGCAAGAACUGGCAUAUUAUUAUGCUACCCAAAUGAAGUUUAGAGCGGAGAGAAAUACAGAUGCUUACAAAAUAAUUAGAGAUAUCACGAAUAUUAAUAUAAAGAUAAAGGAAUAUCGCAAUGCACUAGACGAAACCAAAAAUGCUGCAUUCAAAUUAAGUAGCGUUGAAGCUGUAUCUCUUAUUAUUAAAGCUAAAUUAAGCAAAAAUCAGUAUAAUUUAAUUAAACAACGAACUAGAAAAAAAGCUGUGAUAUAUAUCUCUCGGUAUAAAAAAGUCCUCCAAGCAAAAAAAAAUGCUACCCUCAUUGUAGUCACUGUUGGAUUACACCAGUAA